AAUGGAGAUACCAGCUUUAAAAUUAAAAAGUGUAGAGACAAAAAAAAUUCUGUGCAAUGAUCUACCAAGUCAAGAUUUGUUAAGAUAUUUCGAUGAAUGUGCAGACAAAAUUCACGAUGUUGGUAGAAAUGGAGGGAAGACUUUAGUUCACUGUGUUGCUGGCGUGAGCAGAUCAUCUUCAAUAUGUAUUGCUUAUUUGGUAAAAUAUAAUUCAAUGAGUUUAAGAGAAGCAUACUUUUAUGUUAAAGAGAAAAGAUGUAUAAUACGACCAAACAUUGGGUUUUUCAAGCAACUAAUUCAAUAUGAAAAGGUAGUCAGAGGAUCGAAAUUUCAGUCGGUAAAGUUAGUGAAUACGCAAGUUGGACCGACGCCCGAUGUUUACGCUCAAGAGAUAAAAGGCAAAGGCGGCUUUACUUUUAUGAUUUAA